UGAGCCUGCCUCUGAGGACUGUGCCCAUCUCUCCCCAGUGGAUUUAUCCUGCCUGUCUCUUUUCAAGAGCUUUUCUUUCUCUCUUGCCAUUGGCACCCAUUCUGGAGAGGAUACAGAGCAGAAUGAAGGUUCUGGGACAUAAAAUAGAAUUAUUAACAGGGCUUUUGCUCCAGGAAGUGACCAUGGCAGGUCUGCAUGAGCUGCGAUUCACCGAGGAGAAGCCGCUGCUGCGUGGGCAGGACACUGAGCUGGAGAACUCGGAUGCCUUCCUUUCAGCAGUGGACACAGACUGGAAGGAGCAUGAUAUUGAGACCCCAUAUGGGUUGCUUCAUGUGGUUAUUCGGGGGUCCCCAAAAGGAAAUCGCCCAGCCAUCCUGACCUACCAUGAUGUUGGACUCAACCAUAAGCUGUGCUUCAACACCUUCUUCAACUAUGAGGACAUGCUGGAGAUCACCAAGCACUUUGUGGUGUGUCACGUGGAUGCACCAGGACAGCAGGCUGGAGCAUCUCAGUUCCCACAGGGGUACCAGUAUCCAUCCAUGGACCAGUUGGCUGCCAUGUUGCCUAGUGUGGUUCAGCAUUUUGGGUUCAAGUAUGUGAUCGGAAUCGGCGUGGGGGCAGGAGCCUACGUUCUGGCCAAGUUUGCUCUGAUCUUCCCAGACCUGGUUGAAGGGCUUGUCCUGAUGAACAUUGACCCCAAUGGCAAAGGCUGGAUUGACUGGGCGGCCACCAAGCUGUCUGGCCUAACCAGCUCUCUGCCUGACACUGUACUAUCGCAUCUCUUCAGCCAGGAAGAGCUGGUGAACAACACAGAGCUGGUGCAGAGCUAUCGGCAGCAGAUCAGCAGUGUGGUGAACCAGUACAACCUGCAGCUGUUCUGGAACAUGUACAACGGCCGCAGAGAUCUGGACAUUAACCGGCCUGGGACUGUCCCCAAUGCCAAAACACUCCGCUGUCCUGUGAUGCUGGUGGUGGGAGACAACGCACCUGCUGAAGAUGGGGUGGUGGAGUGUAACUCUAAGCUGGACCCAACCAAUACGACUUUCCUGAAGAUGGCUGACUCCGGUGGGCUCCCACAGGUCACACAGCCUGGAAAACUGACCGAAGCCUUUAAGUACUUCCUGCAAGGGAUGGGCUACAUUGCUUACUUGAAGGACCGGAGGCUGAGUGGAGGAGCAGUGCCCUCAGCCAGCAUGACUCGCCUGGCCCGCUCCCGCACUGCCUCCCUCACCAGCGCCAGCUCGGUGGAUGGCGCCCGCCCACGGGCCUGCACCCAUUCGGAGAGCAGUGAGGCCAUGGGGCAGAUCAACCACACCAUGGAAGUAUCAUGUUGAGGCUUUCGGUACUGGCACCGUCUCUGCCUCCCCUCCCUCCUCCACUGGAGCCAUUUAGCAUUGUUCUGCAUCAAGUUGCCAUCCCAACUGCCAUCCCGCGCAGCGUCUGAUGGUCCCUCUGUCAGGGUUCCCUUCCCUUUGUUGCUGGUUUCUUUUUUUUAUUUCUUCAUUUUAAUCUGUCAGGAAAAAAACCCCGGGGGUGAGGGAAAGCAUCACUCGAACACCGACAGCACAGACCAUCCCUAGCAGUAGCUGUGACAUUGACCCAGUGAAGUUACCGUGUUGUCAGUCAAGCAGUGACGAAUCUCUCAAUGGGCUGGUACAUAGGUUUCUUCCAUGCAAUUGGCUUGGGAGCUGUGGCAGACAUGGGCUUUAUUUCCCCUUUCCCCUGCGUACUUCACUGGUAGAAGCUGAAGGUGGAAAUGGGACAGCCAAGUGUCCCAAAAUGAGGUGGUUGUGGGUUCUGCGCUGCUGCUUAUGGGCCUUAAAGGCUGGAUUCCCUAAGCAAAGGCUGCAGUUGGGAAAGGACAUGGAGCCUGCAGGCUGAGAUGCGGCAUGAUACCCCACGUCCACGUGCCAACUGUCACUGAGGGGCCUAUCCCAAUUCAGUCUUGCCCAGUGAGGGAGUGGGGGAUACAACGAUCUGUCAGGGGUCCUGUUUUCUUAGUUAAACAUCAAAUUAAGUACUUCAAGGGCCGCUCCCAGUCACAACCAUCUUGUGCUUUCUGAUCACCCUCCCUGAGGGGAGUUGACCAGAACCAUCUAAAAGCAUGCACCUCUAUUGCUUGAGCUAAAAGACUGUCCAACUUAAUCUACUCUGGUACUGGCCAGCAUCUUGACUUCUUGAUAUUAAAUAGCUCCAUGUUAAAGGCCAGGCAACUCUUGAACUGCUACUCCAGUCACUAGAGGGAGACCAGAACCCAUACCACAGAAACAUGGCUUCCCUCCCCAUGUUACUGUGUGGCUGGAUGAAGGCACCCAUGGGAUCAGGGGCCAAUUUCAACGAGCACUGGAAACAUGUCUGUAGGCUGGGACCAGUCCAAGAGGGCAGAUUUGAGCAGGCUCAUCCUGGGUGCAUCUGCUCAAACUUCGCUUAUUUGCUCACUGUUCUGUGCACUUAAGACCAUGAAGGGAGGUGACUGGCAUGUGUGAGGGGACAGCCCACCCCAGGCAGGCUGCUGCCUUGGUGUCACUGGGAUUUCGUCUUAAUCCCACUGAAAAUGUUUGCCGGCCAGCGCAAAAUAACCUGGUACAGAUGGACCUCAAAAGCAUGUACUAGGAACCCUGCCCAUCCAGAACAGGAAGUUGAAUUGUUUAAAGCAGGAAGUGACAUGUCAGGAGGAUGGGGCAUUAGCCCCUUCCCUACAACCCCACCCAAAAAAUGCUAGGGGUUGAGCUCUAUAGAAGCCUGUAAUCAUGAAAAUAGCAAUAUGUCACUGAAUAGAGAACUUGAGGUGCACUUGGAGACCCAUUCCCAACGGCCGAGGGCUGCCAGGAAAGGGUCAGUCCCCUUCCAGUUCCAACAAACUGGAGGAGGCCCCAGCUGUACCAAUAGCUCUGGAUGUAGCGUGGGAAUGAGCAAGCCCUGGGUAUAAGCCCCUGCUGGAAACACAGCCAGGCCCGGGGCUCCCAAGGGACCAUGGCCACUCCUAAGCUUGGGUUGCCUUGUCUGUGGCUCACUCCUGCCUCUCCCCACAUCCUCCUAAUGAGUGUUUCGCAAGAAGGACAAUCAAUGACAGCAACCAAAAACAGACUCCCCUGGUCCCUAGGCUCAGCCUUACUGCCUGCCCCCCCAUACAGAGCAGAGGGUCUGGCUGGGUGGGUGGCAGAGCAGGAAGGCUCUGCUGAGGCCAGAAGCUGGAGAGGACUGUGAUGUGGGGACUGAUCAUGGCACUUUCCACAAUGGGGGCUCCCAGGAUUCCUCUCUCACUCUGUGGGGUGGCUGCAGCUUGGCCAGACACUCCUGGGGGAGGCCUUGUGGUUCUGUGUGCUUGAAUCUAUGACACCUGGUGAUGGUCACAUCUAUGGCCCUAACACUGGAACAGCACGGUCAGACAGCUUUUGGGCUGCUGCUGGUACAGCACAACAAGGUGCCCUGUGUGGCCGAGACCUGUAGGCAGGAAGCAGGGGAAAUAAUUAACAAUGCCUGAGGGUGGGGGGGGCUUACAUCCUCUGUGGCAUCUUGCAGACCUCAUUGAUGGCUUGUUCUCAUGCUCACCUUGCCAUAGGGCGGGGGAACAAGCUUGCAGGUGGCCAAUUGCAUGAAGCCAGCAGGCCAGGACUGUACAUGAAGCAGAUGGCCAUUUCGAGGCCUGGGGUCCAUCGCAGAAACAUCUGCAUGGGGUCCCUUGCGGAACCAACCCAAAGCG